GCGGCCAUGACGGCGCCGCCGGAGGACGCGUCGGAGGUGACGUCGGGGCUCCGCUCCCUCGCCGUCACCGACCCCCCGGCCGCCAGCGCCGGCGAGAGCGCCCGCCGCCCGCCCCCCUCGCCCCUCGGCGAGGAAGAGGAGGAGGACUGGGGGGUUCCUUGGAGCGAGGAGGAAGGGGAACCCCCCGAGGGAUGGCUUCCCCCUCCCGCCGAUAUCCGGCGGCUCUACGAGCUCAUCGCCGACCAGGGCAGCCUCCCGCUGCGGCACGUCCCGCUGCCCCGGCGCGCGCCCACCCCGGAGCCCGACAGCGAGGAGGAGCCGCGCUCGGCCGGGCAGCCCGAGAGCGAGGAGGAGGAGGAGGAGAAGCCGCCCGUCGCCACCGAGUUCGACUUCGACGACGAGCCCGUCGCCCCUAAGAGCUCCCUCAUCGACCGCCGCCGAGCCCCGGGCCCCCCCAGCCGCGGGCAGAAGCGGGAGGCGCGCCUCGAUAAAGUUUUAUCCGAUAUGAAACGCCAUAAAAAAUUAGAAGAACAGAUUCUCCGGACGGGGAGGGACCUUUUCCAGCUGGAAGGAGACGACCCCCCCCCCCCAAAAAGACCCCCCGGUUUUUUUCUUCACCAGCGCAAGUAUUAACCCCCCCCCC